CUUUCUCCUCUCUCCCUCUCUUUCCUCUUUGUCUACUGCCUGCAAGUUGAAACAGCUCAAAAAAAGUGAUCUCGUUUUCGAAGAAACCUAAAAACUAGUCCUCCAGGUUUCCCGACCCUGAACACGUGUGAGUGUGUAACUUACUAACUGCUCGGAGCCAGUCCACCAGACACAAACACAGGUCGUUCCCUUGUCAUCAUUCAUUAGAACACAACAUCAAUGAAAUGGAAGCUCCUCUGUCUCAACCAGUCAGGCUGUGUCAGAGUGGAACGAGGACUUUUAUCAAAGAGCAACCUCCUCCUGCUCAAAAAGCACAACUAUCAGUCAGUCUGAUUUGCCUCCGAGCGAUUGGAGAGAGAGAGAGAGAGAGAGAGAGAGAGAGAGAGAGAGAAGAGACGAGAAGUGAGAGAGGAGAGAGAGAGAGAGGGAGAGAGAGGAAGAGAGAGAGCAAUAUGGGGGUUGGGGAAGAGAGAGAGAGAGAGAGCAGCCUGGCUAGGGUAGAGUGAUACCACAUUCUGUUAGCAUAGCCUAUAGUUUUAUAUGGUUGAUAGUGGUGGUGUUUGUGUUCUGUUACACUGGUACGUGUGUCUACAUUAUUUAUGCAUACUGAUGUGUGUUUGAGAGCGGUUGGAUACAGUACGUGCAUCAAAGUCUGUGUUUGCGUGCGUCCGUGAGCUUGUGUGGGUGUUUAUUUGCUUGUGCUUGCCCUUGUGUGUGUAUGCUACGUUGUGCUUGUGUGUGUUGUGUGUCGUGGUUGUGACACGUGGGCCAUGGAGAGGGUCUACGGCUCCCUGGAAUGCUGUGUCAAAUUCCCCGGCGCUGAGCCCUUUGGCAUAUUACCCAGGCCCAAAUGAAAGGAAAGCCACAGGAGCCGGACAAAAUUUCUCAGCCGCGAUGGACCCCUGUCAGUAGAUUAGCAGUUGGGCUCGUGUGUGCGUGCGUGCGUGUGUGUAGUGAAGGUUCAGGGCUAAAUUAAGCCUGCUGUCGCUGUGUCAAUUAAAGACGGGGAGGAAUUAAAGAGCUUGAUCCUGAUUUGGACUGUUUGCUAAUCACAUUGGAGUUGAUUGAACUGUUUGAUACUGUAGUGAAUGUGGUUAAAGCUCUCCUUCACCGUGUUGUCCUUGCAAACCUUUUGAAGUGAAACUGGGGAUAGUUGAACCAAAUGACAGAUGUAUACAUUUGUUUCCUUACCUUGAAAGCAGUCUGUGAACAAGGAAUGACUUUAGCCGAGCAACUGUGGAUUGCAGUCACUCCUGCUGUUCAGGUAAGGCAACAAAUAUCUGAAUACGCAACUUUGCUGAACUGUCCCUUUUAACGUCACUGUUCGGAUGAGAGUAGAUGAAAGUAAUACAGGGCUGGUGCAGGGAAGUCUCCUGCUUCUUCUCUUGCACUUGCUCGAGGCAGGAAUAAAGCGAGAGACGCACAGUAAUUUCAUGUCUUGUGGUGCUGUGGUUGCUGAUGGUAGCAAAUGGCUUAGCACCAGCUUUCUUUGUUUCCUUAGUGUUCUCAACGUUGCCAAAAAAAGCCACUGCCCGAUCUUAUUCUACUUAUGUAGGCAAUGGUUUGCCGAGCGCUAUUUGGCAACGCCGAUGUCGUUGUGGCAACGAAGUCACUGCAAUUGGAUGAUCAAAUCUGUUCUAAUUGCUGAUAAGAUGGCGGAAAUGGAAGUGGUGUAGAGAACAGAGACGGGCUGGAUUAUUCUCUGACAGCUGUUGUGCCCAUAUCCGUUAUCAAACGGGCACACACACGCUCAUCCUCUCUAUUCAGAUAAGGUUUGCAGUGUGAAACCGACAGGCUUCACUAUCGAAUGAGAGAUCCGUACAAACAGGGUAUUUAUUUUCCCUUUCCGACAUUGUACACGUUGUAUUUUGGCUUCUUGAAUUUCUCCAGCCUCUGUGACUCUUAAAUCAAUUUCCAUACCAAACAAUGCCAUUUCUGUCAUGCAAUUGCGGUCACUGCUCACUGGGCACACGCUGGUGGAACCAACGUGGAAUAGACGAUUUUGCUUUCCCUUCCUCUCAUGACAUCAAUAUUGCUUUUACGACUUCCUUGUGUCAUAUGGAAGAUGAAUAGCAGUGGAUGUGAUAUGCCCAGCUUCAUUAUGAAACAGUAUGAGAAGCAACAAUGCCUGUAGUACACUAUUGUCAUCUUGUUACGCAUUCAUUGGACAUGUGAGACAAACAAUGUUUUGAUUUCCUUUUGGCAGGGACCUCUAUCACAGCCAGAAGUAUAAUUGCUUGUAAUUACUGACCUGAGAAAGAGAGAGAGAGAGAGAGAGAGAGAGAGAGAGAGAGGUGUGUGUGUGCAUGGCUCUAAUUUCUAUCUCUGAUUUCACUGGCAUUAUUUGUAAAUAACCUGUCUAACAAACAAGACUUUACACGCCUGAAAUCCGAUGCAAAUCUGGUUUUAGUAUGCGCAAUUCACUGGGAACAAUAAGCUACUGUGUAGUACUGGACCUAAAUGUAGGGCCCGACGUCCUGCAUAGGCUGGUGGGGUAUAGAUUGAAGUCAGGCUUCUAUUAAAGGUACACGACUUGUUUACUUUAGUAUUUCAGUCCCUGAAGACUUGAGUCACAUGAUAGGGCUACUUCAUAAAAAGACAUCUGAGACGGUUUUAAAGGGGUCCGUCAAUGUAAUGUCUUUGAUAUUUCUGCAUUCGAGCAUUGACGAUUUCUGUUUUGCCUCGUAAAUGUUGGGUCGUCGACAAUUAGCUACGUUUCUAAAUCCCUUUAAGUAAGUCGCCCUCAUUUCAAGUCAUUGCGCUUUCGGCUCUGUUGCUGAAGUACAGAAAUAGACCCAUGGAACCCGCCUUGUGGUCAGAGCCUGCCUGACAGCUACCUGUUAGUUGCCAUAUCAACCCACCAUCAAUCAUCCCAAAACCUGUUGUCAGACCCUCAGGUGGAGAGGCUGUCCCACGUCCAAUCAGAGAGCAGGGGCGGGGCUAGAGGGAGAGAGAGAGAGAGAGAGAGAGAGAGAGAGAGAGAAGGGGUUUAUUUAGAGAAAUGAGAGAGAGAGAGAGAAAGUAUUUUCAGAGCUAAAACAUGGCUGGCAGCAGGUUCACUGUACAGUAGAUGUCUCUCCAAUUUGCCAGCUGUUUGAGAGGCCAGCCACUCUUUUCGCAAUGCAUAUUCUACACUCACACUGCGUUAUAAGGUGGAUCGAUGGCCCGAAAAGGAAAAGAAAGAGCAGCUCAUGUUCGGUGAAGAGCAUGUCUGAAAUGAAGGGAUACGGACAGACUGGAUCAGAGAAUACAGGGUACAUCCCCAGCUAUCUGGAAAAGGAUGAACCGUGUGUGGUGUGUGGAGACAAGGCCACUGGCUACCAUUACCGCUGCAUCACCUGUGAGGGCUGCAAGGGUUUCUUUCGGCGGACGAUUCAGAAGAACCUCCACCCCGCCUACUCCUGUAAGUACGAUGGCUGCUGCAUCAUCGACAAGAUCACCCGCAACCAGUGCCAGCUGUGCCGCUUCAAGAAGUGCAUCGCAGUGGGCAUGGCCAUGGACCUUGUCCUGGACGACUCCAAGCGGGUGGCCAAGCGGCGUCUGAUUGAGGAGAACCGGGAGAAGAGGAAGAAGGAGGAGAUGGUGAAGACCCUGCAGAACCGGCCAGAGCCCACCGGCUCAGAGUGGGAGCUGAUCCGCAUGCUGACCGAGGCCCACCGCCACACCAACGCACAGGGCUCCCACUGGAAACAGAAACGCAAGUUCCUGCCGGAGGACAUAGGUCAGUCUCCGGUGGCCCCCACGUCGGACGGAGACAAGGUGGACCUGGAGGCCUUCAGUGAGUUUACCAAGAUUAUCACCCCUGCCAUCACCCGCGUCGUCGACUUUGCCAAAAAACUGCCCAUGUUCUCGGAGCUGCCUUGUGAGGACCAGAUCAUCCUAUUGAAAGGCUGCUGUAUGGAGAUCAUGUCGCUGCGCGCCGCCGUGCGCUACGACCCAGAGAGCGAGACGCUGACCCUUAGCGGCGAGAUGGCGGUCAAGCGGGAGCAGUUGAAGAACGGCGGCCUGGGCGUGGUGUCGGACGCCAUCUUCGACCUGGGCAAGAGCCUGGCGCAGUUCAACCUGGACGACACGGAGGUGGCGCUGCUGCAGGCCGUGCUGCUCAUGAGCUCAGACCGCUCGGGCCUGACGAACAUUGACAAGAUCGAGAAAUGCCAGGAGACCUACCUGCUGGCGUUUGAACACUACAUCAACUACCGCAAGCACAACAUUCCCCACUUCUGGCCCAAGCUGCUGAUGAAGGUGACGGACCUGCGCAUGAUCGGGGCGUGCCACGCCAGCCGCUUCCUCCACAUGAAGGUGGAGUGUCCGACAGAACUUUUCCCCCCUCUCUUCCUAGAGGUCUUCGAGGACCAGGAAGUGUGAGUGGCACCCCCGGAGGAAGUAGUGGAGCGACUUGAGGCAUCUUGGGAAAGGAAUGGAUGUUUUUCUGAAACUGGGAAGGAUUUUGGCAGGACUUGUGUUUUUCCGACAUUUACGUGGUAAACAACAAACAACGCAACCAGCAGCAGGAGUCAAACAAACAGGAUUUACAUUUUUUUUGACCAACCACCUCUUCAUACCUGUUUUUGGGAAUCAGUUUGGCGGCCCUCCCUGUCUGAGCACAGUGUUUUAUCCAGUGGGAGUUGCAGCCUUUUGCCAAGGCCAACACACACAGACACACACACUCUGGCUCCCCUCUCAGAGCCCUAUUGGAGGCACCUCAGUUGUCACACAUUGCCACUAGAUGGUGUUCUUUGCAGGUUUGUACCUGUUUGAAUUUAUGGAAACCAUCUUUUAAAAUCGGUCAGUUAAUUAUACUCCCCGAAUUAGUGUAAGACAAUGAUUCAGGAGAUACGUCUCUGACAACACACCGGGACACACACAGAGGUACUGAGUGUGCCAUAUAACUCCUACCGUAGAGCAAAGCUACUAGUACCUACAAUCACGGCUGAACACAACUGAGCCAUUUUCAUGUUUUUAACCAAGUCAGGUGCUGUAUUAUAAGGCUACUCCAGUUGUCUGAAAUGUGUAAAUGUGUAAAACUACAGACCACGGCUCCGUAUCUACCUUUGGUUCUGUCAUUAGGCAAGCGCCUGUGACUGGCACUCUCUCAAACCCACACACACACUGGGCAGACCUGCCUUGUCAUUGCCUGUGCUUCUGGUGCCAACAGUAGACCCUCUCAUGAAUGACAAUUGAGCCCUUUUCUCUCCAAGGAAGGUCAUAACAGUGAACAAAAGAGAGAAAGAAGGAGAAGCGCCACUGGCAGGAGUUCUCAGAGGAGGGGGGGGGGGGAGGAGGAGUAGGGGAGAGAGGGAAAAUAUAGAUUUAAUAGCUGGCAAGCAGAUUCAGUGCCUGGAGACUGAACAGCAUCCUGAAACACACACACACACACACCUACCCUCAGAAACUCAAAGCCUUAUUUACUGUAUAUACUGCUGUGCUGUAGCCCUGACCUGCAGGGUAAGUAAGUCUGAAUCCGCGCCUGUGUGACUCAGCUCAGUAUGGCCCCUUCAGGCUUCCAUACUCAGUCGUCGUUACUGUAGGGGUCACUGAGAAAGGGCAAGGCCAAUGACGGCUGCCAUUUACCUCAAAGUGGGCACACCCUCAAGGCUGGGGCGCCGCCAGGCUCUACCUCACCUCUGGACACAGGGCAGCUGCCCCCAGCCUCCUCCCACACACACACACACUUUUAAGGAUACUCAACAACACACAUAGGCACGUGUGAACUCGUAGGCACACAUACAUUAAGACAAAUCACACAAACACAGGAUACACAAUAUCAGUGUUAUCACUCAGACAAAAGGAAAUACCACUGAAGACAGGAGGGCCUGCCUUUUCCUACGGUCACUUAUCUCUUUUUCGGGGGAGGGGAGGAUGGUAACCAUUAUGUUCAGCUUUUCUCUUUUUUGUUAUGUGGGACCAAGUUUCUCAAUUUGGAAUCACUCUUUUUUUUCUUCUGUUGAAACUGAAGCAAAUUAAUCACGUGACGGAGUACAAUGGACAGUCCAGCUCUCGCCCUGGAAGAGGAGCGAUACACCGUGAGGAAGCGUAGAACCCCAAGGUGGCCAGGCCGUAACUGGCUGUGUUUACCACUGUUUUUGAGGGGGGAAAAGUUCAAAUACAACCUAUUUUUAUUGAAUGCCAAGCAGUAGUUUUUGAACGAGUGAACGAGGCGGAGGGAGGGAGGGAUGAAUGAACGGAUGGGUUUCAGCACCCCGGGAGCAUGUGGAUGAACGCCUAAAGACGCGGAGCGACGGGCGGGAUCGGGAUGGCGGGUACUCAUAGCAGAUGGCCAAGCGUCGCUGCCUCGACCUCAACCGCCGUAGGAGGAGUCCAAACUCAACCUCAACCGCUGGAGGAGGAGUUAACCAAGAAAUCCACUGUAAGCAGACCUCAGACCGCUCUGGUGGAGCAGCCAGAAUCCCCUUCCACAGUGCCCCACCCUCCCACUCCACUAGUCUCCCCACCCCCGGCCCUGGCCCAAGCAACGCUGGUCUGGGUUUUGCACUACGGCAGUGGUCCAAACCCCUCUCCCCACCCUCAUCAGCAACUACACAACCUAGCCCCAACUCAUCUGUCAGUCAUGAACCUUCCUCUGGGAGUCCUGGCCUACUCUAAUGGAGGCCCACUGGGACGGGGCUCCCAACCAACCCCGUCACAUUGUCAGUAUUAAAUCAACAGCCUUCCUCCAACCGUCACCCACUGCGCAGGAGACGUCCCUGGACACCAAACGGAAUCUAGGCCUCUCCCUUGUGAGACAAGGAUGGCCAUAAUAGCAGCUCACUUAGGGUGGCGUCGCCGAAUGAAUGUGAACAGCGAAGCAGCAGUGGGAGCGAGUGAACGAGCGAGUAGGAGAGAGCGAAGGGAGCGGGACAGAGAGACUUCCUUCCAUCCUUCAUCUGGCAUGGGUUAGAGGGGGAUCGUCGCCCGUUGUCAAAGCACCGUUUGUGAACUUGGAGAAGGGGGAGAUGGCAGUAUAUCAGAUGGUCUCCCCCUUCACUUCCGCAUUGUAACAUUUAAUCCCCCUCCCUCAUUUCCACAAAUACCCCCUUCAGCUUUCCAUAAGGAGAGCCACCAACUUUCAAAUGGAGACGAUCGGCAAGAGAAACAGAAUCGGCACUCAAUGGAUUAAAUUCCAAGCUUCUUUGAAAAAGAAUCAAUAACAACAACAAAAAAGUUAGCGCAAUAGUGAUGUCCUUCAUUCUCGUGAGCCGAUUGGGUAUAUGUGUGACAAUAGGGGUUGAAAUGCUGCUUUACCUUCUGAGGAUUUUUUUGGGGAGGGGGGGGGAGUAUAUGAUUAUGAUCCCAGAAAAGCGAAAUGAGGAAAAAGAUGACUUUAAAAAGACUCCUGAACAAAAGUUCAACGCUUGGAGAAUAAGCAGUUUCUUUCUCUCUACAUUUUAUCUCAAUGUUAUUUUUUGUUGAUGUUUGUUUAUGACGCUUAGACUGCUCUGUGUAAAACGGGAAAAAAAGAACAGCCGUAGUCACUUUUUGACGAUGCGUGCAGUGUAACGUAGACAGAAAUGUCACUUAUUUUUCACAUCACCUAUAGUUUGUGUUGACUUCUCUGUUGUCUGUGUAUUUGUCCGAUUGUCCGUCCCUUUUAUCAAGAGGAAUUUACAACAAACAAAAACAGGAAUAUUUUCUUUUUAUAUAUAUUUUGUUUCCUUUUUUUUAAUGAAAGACGACUUUGAAAAAAAAAAAACACAAACAGGAAAAAUAAUUGCAACCCAAAAAAAAAAAAGUUUUAAAAAAUGAAACACAAUCUUCUCAUACCUCACACAACACAAAACUCAAAUGAACUUGGGAGGAGUGAUGAUUCACGGGCGCAUGUGGAAGUGCGCAAAAAGAUAUGUGCUUGUGGCCCGUGCGCAUAUGCAGUGAUUACAGAAGACUUACCCUCAAGCCUUUGCGCUUGCUACCUAUUAAAUUGGUUCUAGGAGGAUCGCGGAUAGGAUACCUAACAUUAGUAAAGUCUUGCAUCAUCAUCAGGUGCUGAAAUGGAUUGCUGGCUGGCAGUUGGCCACUCCCAGAUAUUUCCAUGACCAUAUAUAGUGAAGCCAAAUGUGAAUGGCCCAGAGCUUGGGGGAAGUCUUUUGUAAUGGCUGAGUGCUCUAUGGUAUUGAAUGUAGCUGACAGGACGGGGCUGGAUUUGAGCCCGGCACCCACAACCUCACUUCCGCUCACCAGCAGAACGGAUGGUGGUGUCACAUCGAUGUUACACACAAACAAACUGAGAAUAUUGCCCAUCUGCAAGGUGCAAUACUUUUUCACCCCCCCCCCCCAAAAAAAACUGUUUCUGUUUGAGUUUGAUUUUGGCCAUAACCAAGGACGUAAAUACAGAAAAUGAAAUAUGAAAAACCAGUAUAUGUAAAAUCAUAUGCAACACUCACAAACUGGAUGUUGAGGCUUGAGCACUUCCUUGCCAGCUCCUGCAUCCCGCCAUCUUGUAAAGUAAGAAAAAAAAUGUGCAACGUAUAUUAAUGCUUCAUACAUCUGUGUGUGUGCUUGUGUGUGCACUCUCACAUGUCGACCCAUAUUCAAAAUUACCCCAUGAAUUUAUUAAACUGACCCUGUGCCUCUUGUUCUCAGAAAAGAGAUAGCUAGCCAUCCCUACAGUAUGUCCUGGCAGCAAAUCUUAAUGCUUUCAUGGCUACAAUGUGUGUCUACCUACAACAGACUGGUCUCUCCAUGGUUAAUGAUGAGAGUGGGUAGAGAGUGUGUGUGUGUGUGUGUGUGUGGGGGGGGGGGGGGUUAGUGACCUUAAACAGUGGUUCUCAACUGGUUUUGUCCCGGGACCCAAAAUGAAUCUGGUUGUCUCACUCGCGACCCAAUAUUUGCAUCGCGAAAAAUAAUUGCCAACAUACAAUCUGGAAAACGAUUAUAUGACGAGAACAACAUCCCCGCCUCUUUCAUUGUCAAUAAUACAAUUUUGCUCAUAUUCUUGAUGAAGAAUGUUAAUAAACUCACUGGCUUGAGACCCACGAAAUCAACCAAAAUAGUGCUGCUAACAGCUCUAUAUUGAAGAAAACAUUUUCAGAGAUUAAAUCAUUUACACAUUUAAAUUCAUUAUCACAUUUUCUACCUGGUUUAAGUCGUUUAAACUCAGACUGGAGUAUUUAUUUAUUUUUAUUAAAAAAACAGUUGAGAAUCACUGAUCUGAAGUCCUUCAAUAACAAAGGGUAGGGGAAUGUCAAGACUUCACUAAUAUUUCCAAUAUAUCAGCUUGCCUGGCUACUGCCCGCUACAUUCAUUUAGGAAAGCCCAUUAAAUGGAAUCCCCCAACACCCCUGUCCAUUCAUCAGCUGUCUUAUCUUGGUUCAGUCCAAACAGGUUGACACAUGGGAAGAGGGACAGGAUUGUCUGUGAUGUUUUGUUUUUGGGGGGGCUUUGUUUGCUCCACCUUUACCAAAUGUAGAGCUUUGUGAAGACAAAAAAAGAAACGCAAGUAGCAAGAUGUCUAUGCAAUUCCCCUCCAAAAGCGUGCUCCCUUUACUGGCGAGCCAGCCUACCAGCCAUGCUUAUAUUAAAGCGGUUUCAACCUUGUCUGGAUUCCCCCAACUCAACUGCAUGAAUCCCAGUGAUCCUUCUUUGAUCUGGGAGCAAAGACCCUUGCUACUCUGUGUGUGCCGAGGCUCAGGGCUUUCAAGUGAAUGGACCCAGGUUUGACGGGAUGCCCAAAGGCCCUGUCUUCACACUCCAACCAUGACCUAGCUCACCGGUUGGUGCCUGGGGACCAGCAAGCCCACUCGUUGAGAUGGCAAAAGGACAAGUGGAGUUGGAAGGACACUGUUGAUAUCAUAGAAGAUUGGAUAGAGUUGUGCUGUUGUAAACUGCUCCGGAAUCUCUGUGCGUGCGUGCGUACGUGCAUGGCUGUAUCUGUGUUACAGUAUUUGUCUACACGAUACAACACUCUCAUGGUUUGGUGGAUCGAUUCAGUGCUACCCUAACAAGUCCCAUGCAGCCUCAGACGUGAAUUGUGUCUUUGUAUUUUUCAUUUAGAAAUUAGAGUGAAAAAAUUAAUCACUUGCAUAGUUGAGCGUUAAAAUAUUGAAUCUACCCAGUAAGCAAAAUUUACGUUGAAGACGUUGAAGUAAGGUUAAUUUUCCAUUCUGAAUGAAAGUUGAAAAUAUGGAACAUUAUAUAAAUUAUAUAACAAUAAAUCAAUUGAAUAUAGGAAAGAGGAGCCAUCUGAAGAUUGCAGCAAAUAUUAUUUAUUAUUUCUUCCACCGGUCACAUGCGUUUAUGUGAGCUUGAUGUUCCAAGCAUUCCAACCUACAGAAUAAACCAGCACACCACGGUUACAGAAAUAUUAUUUUCUUUCUAUGACUGUGAUAUGUUGUUGUUUAUCUACCUUAGUGGACUGUAAGUCUGCGGAAUGACCAAAAUGUAAAUGUUAAAUGUAAAAACAGACACUUGCAAAGCAUUCUGUGUGUUAUUUGUAAAUAUAAAAUUUAACCUUUAUUUAAUUAGGCAAGUAAGUUAAGAACAAAUUCUUAUUUGCAAUGACGGCCUACCCCGGGCCAAACCCGGACAACGCUGGGCCAAUUGUGCACCGCACUAUGGGAUUCCCAAUCACGGCCGGAUGUGAUACAGCCUGGAUUCGACCCAGGGAAUGCAGUGACGCCUCUUGCACUGAGAUGCAGUGCCUUAGACCACUGCACCACUCGGGAGCCCUAAUGAGCUCCGCCCCCAAACAAGUACAAAUUUGGUUGGUCCGGACCACACCUAAUCUGAACAAAUCAUAGAUGUCUAGGCUAUGUUUCACAAGUUGGAACAUAACAGUACGUUACAGCACAGUUCAGUACAGUAGCUACAGUACAGUUUAAUUCAGUACAGUAGAGUAUAUUAGAGUAAUGUAGGGUCAAAUACAGUAUAUUAUACUGUGCUGUACUCUACUGUACUAAACUAUACUUUACCCUUCUUUACUUUAAUGUACUCUACUGUAUCGUACUGUACUGUACUUUUCUGUACUGUAAUGUACUGUGCACUGCUGUACUGUGCUCUCCAAACUUGUGAAUCAUAAUGUCUUUGAUUGGUUAAGAUUUUGUCCAGCUCGGACCAAAUCUGACGUAUAUGUUUGGGACAAAUUAACGCCGGUCCGGACCAAAUCUGAACCAAUUAUAGAUGUCUGUUUGGGCCAAAUAAAGGCCGGUCCAGACCAGACCAAAUCUAAACCAAACAUAAACGUCUAUGAUUGGUUCAGACUCGCUCUGGUCCGUGGAUGUUAAAACCGCACCAAAAAAAGAGGUCAGAGGGUAAAGUAAAGAAAAGUAUAGUUCAGUACUCCAAAAGACGUCAGCGUAAGUCCGUGCUUAGUGGGUAGUGGCCAAAUGAAUGUACUUCAAGACAUUAUGGUGCUCAGUGGGAGGUGAGUUACGUACUUUGGUGAGAUGCGAGUAACGUGCGAUUGGCAGGAUGACCUCUAACCUCUCCUCAUGAUGGUCAGACACCUGCAACUCACGAGACACAGGCGAAUGCACUGAUGAACGAGCCAAGUUACCACAUAAACAAGACCGCUUUAACUGGCCGUGCACUAACAUAGCAGCACGUACGUAGUUGAGAUGCACUCUCAGCAGCCUAGAUUCUAAAGGCUGUCUGGAGAAUAUUCUAGAAAAGUAGUCGUUGAUUGUGUCAGCAUGAAGACUUUAAAUACACUGAUUGCACCCGAUAAUGGCCAAAUAGCGCUUACAUUUGAACUGUUACUUUGAACUAGUUGAACCGUUAUAUAAGUGUUGGUGUAGCCUCGAAGCCACAGCUGUUGACAAAAAAAAAUGUUUAACCAAUGUUUCUGGGUAAGCUUUUAAUGAAGUGAAAUAUCUGAGUGAGUGGUGCUGGUCUUGUCAGACCCUAUUAGGUUGUUAACCGUGAGACAAUAUGAAUUUGCAUGAUUAGUUUUAACAUGCACCCACCCAUGAGAGUGUUGGCUAGAACACAGUGACCCAUUCUACACACACACACACACAAUCGCAGACACACACUUGUUUCCCGGACUGGAUAAGAAAGCUAUUGAAGGAUUCUCUCAGGAAAAAAAUAACAUUUUCUAAAUAAAUGAUGAUAAACAUUAGAUGAACCACCAUUGUUAGCUCAUCUUUUUUUUGCUCUCUGGAUGGAGAAUGUCAUGGUAUGUACUGUUUGCCUCCUGCUCUUUGGUUUUGGAUCGUUCCAUGCAAUCCCUUUGCUAUUUUAAGUAGAAAUUGUGCUCCAAUAUUGCAUUUUUAAAAGCCUGUUAUAUUGAAUUAAGUGCCCUUUAAUAUAGAUCACAUGGAGAAUUAAAUAAAUCAGAUUUUCCAUAUUAAAGUCUUGCUUGAGUGCCAAAAUUCCACAAGAUGUGAGCUGAACUCUCAAUUUAAUAACUAUUCUGUAUAUAUUUAUAUAUAUAUGUAUAUGAAUACAUAUUGAACAUUAACAGACAAAUCAUAGUGUAAAAGCAGGUCAGCUGGUUUUACUCUUUGCCAUUUUCUGGUGAUUUGUGGUGGAAAACUGACUGGGACGAGCAUAACACAUCAACCCUGUUACCAAUAGAUAGACAGACUGGGCAUGUUUUGACAAAAAUAAUUAAAAGCUUGAAUUCAAUUGCCCCUCCCUGUUGCACAGAACAAGCUUCCAUCCCCCCUGUCUCAAGGGGAUUCAUGGCUGAUUCAAGAUGAAUUUGUCAACCCUGUUACUUUAUUAGGCACUUACUAUGGUCAUUUUUAUUCAACCUUUUGAGAUGGGAUUUUUUUUUUUUUUAUGUAUGAAGUUGAAUAUGUGAUCUUUAUGACAGAAGGUAAACAUUUUGUGAAACCCCCCCCCCCCCCCCCCCCCCCCCAAAAAAAAGAAAAUGUGUACACUUCUCAAAAGGCACCGAAUUGGUGGAACGACCCUUUUCCAUUUGAUUUCCCCAUAUCCUUUCUCCUACUGCAAAGAAACAGCACCAACGAGAUAAUAUUUCUGUGUGUGUUACUGUCUGUCUCUCUAUCUGUCUGUUUCAGUGUGGGUGGGUGGCUGAAUGUGGGUGCAUGUGUGAUAAACACUGACAACACGGUGAGCACUCAGACAGGAGUUUUCUUUAUUUGGGACAGUUCCUUGCCCCAAAACCAAUUAUGCCCUAUGGUCCAGAAGGAACAUGUCCCACCUUUGCUUACUACACACAGAAACACAUGCAGUGUAUAAAAUGAAUUGUAACCAUCACAGACAGUGGAUUCCUGCUUGAUAUUCUGGUGUAUGAAUUUACAGCUAAAGAGUAAGCAGCAUUUCCCAGCUCCCCCACACAGUUGGCUAAUGGUCCACAUGAAUGGCUUCCAUCCAAUAUGGCAGCAAUUCACCAUCUGAGGAAAAGCUUUGCUCCUGUGUCAUGACCUGUUCUAUUGAUGUGUGCUUAAUGUCCAAUACUUUGUGAUCCAUUGGAAGCGUGGUAAGGCUCAAAUUUGUUUGUGUUGGAUGUGUGUACCACUGGGCACAGACAUCAGUUCAACUUCUAGUUUUGAUUUACAUUUGGUUGAGUUGUCAAAGAACGUGAAUUCAACGUGAAAUCAACCAACAAAAUUCACCAUGUCAUUGGAUUUAGGUUAAAAGUUGGGUGAAAAAAUGACCAAAUUCCUGUACGUUGAUUCAGCAUCAUCACCGAAUUUUGGGGUUGAAAUAAUCUGAAACAACUUUGAUUCAACCAGUUUUUGUCCCAGCAGGUUGUGUGUGUAUGUGCGUUGUGUGUUGCGUAUGUCCCUCUGUGUCUGUUUGGGUGUGCACGUGCCUCUGUGUGUGUUGUGAAUGGCACGGACCUUCUUUGUUCUCCCCAACUCCCUAAGCAUCUUUUGAGGCCGCGGUACAAGACAGGUUUCUGUAAAACAGAGCCUUGUCAUAGACUUCCAUUAUUAUUUUCCUUGAAGAAUGUAGCCAAGAGUGUUCAAUAAGCUGGGCUGAGAGGGUUAGGGGGGGGGGCUUGGGAACCGUUAGGAGGUGUGUGCGGGGCUUCUACCUCGUGAGUGCGAGCAGGGUAAUACUUAAGGGGCUCGGCUGAAAUGACGUUCAGCUUGCAAGUGGAAAACAGACUGUUAAUAGUGUUCCGUUUGUCUUGUUUUGGCCGCUAGGGCAUGGCAGGUGUUGAAACGGCUGCCUUAUUGAUUGUGUUUUGUAUUGCUGCUCUGUGACACUGUACUGCAGCAUUUUGUAUAGAGAUUGAUGAUUGGUGUGGGCGUUCAUUGGUUUGCUUUGAGAAAAUGCAGGUAAUAGAGUUUGGAACUUGGGAGAAAUAUGUUUUUCCAGCUUACGUUUUUGGAGAAUAACCUUAUGAGGAUAUCGUUACAGAGGAUUAGAACUGACUAGAGCCAACAUCCACGUGAAGGCAACUCUGAUGCAACAGAGGCAAGAAAAACUUGAGUUCAGAGGGAUCUAUUGAAAACCAUAUUAUGACAUUUGAAUCCUGCCAAUGAUACAAUGAUAACUAUACUACAGGAAAAGGAGUUUGUGUGUGUGUGUGAGUGUGUGUGUGUGUGUGUGUGUGUGUGUGUGUGUGUGUGUGUGUGUGUGUGUGUGUGUGUGUGUGUGUGUGUGUGUGUGUGUGUGUGUGUGUGUGUGUGUGUGUGUGUGUGUGUGUGUGUGUGUGUGUGUGUGUGUGUGUGUGUGUGUGUGGUCUAGAGAAAGAGGUUGGGCACGUACUUGUGUGCGACUUCAUUUUGUGAAGCGCAUUGACUUUUAAAAGUCAUGACUGUCAGGUGUCUAUCGGUAAACCCUCCUCUAGAUGUGCUUGUAUACAGUAGUAUGUUGACCUAUGGUCAUUGAAAAGCACUAUAACCCCUCUAUGGCUCUUGGAGCUCCGCUCCUUGACCUGCGCUAUGACCUGGUCACUACCUCAGACAUGGAGAGCUGUAAAUAUUAUAACGCGUGAAGAUCUAUGAACGGGGGUGAAGCGAUCGCUCUGGCGAUCUCAUCAGAUUGGCCUGUAUUGUGUCUGUUAACUACUGGACCAAAUUGUUGCCAAUGAAUUAAUAGCACUAAUAGGUAACACCUUUAGGAGCUCUUGACGGCAGGUGAUUACAGUUGGUGAAUUGAUUGGUCUGCAUUAUGCUGCUUGGACUACCUAUGUGUGUACAAUGUCUAUUGAGGUGACUAAUCGUGGAGAUAUUUUUGUAAAAGGUGUGGUGGAAAAUAUAUCCCUAGGCAGCAAGGAAUGUACAAUUAAUUAACAAAAAAAUAUACAUAUAUAUAUUAGAGAAUUAGCCAUCUGUAUGAAUACAUAUGCAAUGUUUGUCAGGUUGAAAACGGGUUUGAUCGGUCAGGACUGCUCAGGUUUGAAAGUGAGGCCUCAAAAGGUGCUUUUCUUAACCCCUCCUUUUCCCACGCUGUCUCCUGUCUUUCCCAUGGCACUGAUCUGACAUGUACACUCCUAGCGCAGGUUACCCUGCAAGUCCAUCGGCCAGCGCUCCACUAAAGCCUUGUAUUGUAUGCAAAGCCAGAGAAAUGCUCUGUUAAGCUAGUUUUGAAAUCCAGCGAAGGGACCAAAUGUUCUCACACAGUAACAGACUGGUCUAAUUGAGCCCAUAGAUUUAACAAUACCCAUUCAACUAGGAACACACUGGUUGAAUCAACGUUGUUUCCAUUUUUUCCCCGUUUUGUUUCUUCCUUUCCCCCAAUGAAAUUACAUUGAACCAACGUGGAACAGACGUUGAAGUGACAUCUGUGCCCAGUGGGAUGGUACUAUACUACAGUACCUUACCCACUACUAAAUUCAGUCUUAAGGCUCCAUGUCAAACUGCCUCUGCGUCACCACUGUUCUCCAGUCCUGGAAUAGGGACUGCACUCUGGGUGAGGUUUUGUUCUCCAGUCCUGGAAUAGGGACUGCACUCUGGGUGAGGUUUUGUUCUCCAGUCCUGGAAUAGGGACUGCACUCUGGGUGAGGUUUUGCUGUACAGACGUUUGUGUAUGAUCUUUGUGUCGCUGUAUAUUAUCUGAACUUUUGCGAUCCAGAGAGGGGCCACGUGCCAACGUGCCAUCUCGACGAUGCACUUCAAGUAUGACACCUGAUUCAAAGCUAUGGGUUUUAUUGUCUUACCAAAUUUGACCAAUGGAGAGUUGUGAGCCUCAAUACCGAUGGGUUAGAAAUUAUUUUCUCUGUUUUGAGUCAUUUUUGUUUCGCACACACACAAAACAAAUUCAACCAGUCCGUUCUUCAACUGCUCAGUGUAUUUGUGGUUAUUGAUACAUAAAACAGACUUCAAAACCUUCAGCCAGCUGUACAUGCAAAUCUGUCAAAAUAUAUGAAAGAAAACUGUCUGUCUACUACAACUAAGACUUUUUGGUAUACUUUUCUAUCACUGACCUUUAUCUAGGUUCCUUAUGAGGGUGGGUGCUUCACAGACACUCUGGGGCCAUGACAUUUUGCAAGGUCAGGUCAGAGGUCAGUCUGUGGCAGCCACGUAACACAUAGGUCUAUGUAAUGACACCCUGUGUCUGUACAGUAUACCUGUCUUUGAACACACUGCCGAACACGUUCCCUAUGACACCUCAACUUUUUUUUGGGGGGGGGGUUCUUAAGCGACUGCAGCCAAUGGAAAAAGCCAGAUGACCCUGUAGUUCUUACCUUGAGGUUCAGUCUGGAUAUCUGUGAUUGCAGUGUACAACAGACACUUUGAAGAAAUGAUAUUGCAAGGCUGUAGUCUUGAUCUGAGACUGCCGUAACUUGUGGUGGUCAGAGAGGGGACAAAGUACACAGACAAACAUGUGGCCUUCAACAGGCUAAAGACUGUCACCAGUAGGGACCUGAUACGUUCUCUCUUUCCAUCUUUCUCUUCCUCUCUCUUCCUCUCAGUUUCUCUGGGAGAAUCUCAAUUGCAUACCCCUCGAGUCCUCUCCUCAAAACCUAUUGGAGGAAAAGGUCAGAGGGGAAGGACCUCUGGCUUUCCCAUCCAAUGGGUUUUGAGAAGGAGAGAGGACGCGAGUAGUAUGCAAUUGAGAUUCUCCCUCUAUCUCAGAUGCAGUCACUGUUACAAGGACAUGACGAACAGUAUUCAGGAUCAAUUUCCACAAAGCACAGGGACAAACACAAGGUAGUCAAACACAGGCAGGCAGUAGGCAAGCUCUGGGCAAAAGACUCUCUUACACACACACAAAACCUCUGAAUAUAUAUACUGUGAUUUCCUCUCACACCACCCACACCGUCAUCACACCUACCACCACCACCAACCAACUAACCUCAACCCAAACUCCACCCUCUUCCUCCUGAACCUGUACCUUCGUCCUAUCCCCUUCUCGCCCUAGCAUCUGAACCCUCCCUCUCCAAUAAGAGUCCAGUGGGUGGUGUGAUGUCAGGUUUUUGUGGUGGGCUGCUUAUGACCGGUCCAGACAAUCAGCGUGUUUGUAAUUGUCAGUGUGUGAUUUUCAAAUCUUUGUUUAUGGUCAGGAUUUUAAAGGAAGAUAUUUUUAUGGUAAUUGUCGCUGGUCUAUUUUACUAUAUAUUUAUGUAAUAAAUAUGUGACUAAAUUUAAA